AUGUCUGCCCCAAACGAAACAAACAAGACGAGCGCGCCCGAGUCGCCUACCACAGUCCGCCCCUUGGAUCUAUCCGACGACGAAGACGUCCAAGAAACGGGUGUGCUCGGCGGUGAGGCUCCCAGCCAGAACACCACCAACACCACCACCACCUCGUCCAACAUGGCGUCCUCGACAACCACCGCGGCCGAAGCGCCCCCACAGAAGCCUCCCAGGCCCUCCACCGAGACGCAGAAGACCGAGGAUAUCCUGAAGGAGGCGUUCCCCAGCAUCGACAUUUCCGUCAUCAAGGCGGUCUUGAGGGCCAGUGGCGGCAAGAUCGACCCGGCCUUCAACGCCCUCCUGGCCCCCCGCCCCCAGGGCGGCGCUCAGCUGUCCCAGCUCGAAGCGGACGAGCUGUACGCGCGCCAGCUGGCGGAGCAUUUUGACAACGUCGGCAGCUACGAGGCCAGGACCUCGAACCGAAGCCCCGGCGGCCGCGUGCGGCGCCAGCAGACCGGCCUCGAGCCCCGACCGAACUCCGAGGACCGCGAGCCCAGCUUCUUCGAGGACGAGUUGCCGGUCAUCCAGGAGAAGCUCAGGAAGGGCUUCAUCGAGACGCAGGGCAAGGUCAACAGCUGGAUCACGACGAUGAAGAAGAGGUUUGACGAGGAGUUUGCCGACGAGGGCGACCACGCCCAGCGACCCGCCCAGGCCCAGGGCCAGUACGGUGCCCGACGGCCCGGAGAGUCGAGCCGCCGCAGCGGAGACUACGAGAGAUACGACGCCGACCCCCAGGUCCUCAGCGACGACUUUGCGGGUAUGAAGUUCACCGCCGACGGAACCCCCCUCCGCGACAACAACAGACCCUUGUCCAACCCGGACCUCUACAAGCCCCCUCCGCCGUCAAAGUCGCCCAAGCCCCACGACGGCCGCAAGGUCGCGUUCCGGGAAGGCGCCGAGGAGAUUGAUGUGUAUGGCUCGUCGCCCCGGCGCUCCGCUGAAGAUGUGUCCGGAUCUAAGGCCAAGUCUAGCAAGUGGCAACCCCUGUCGACCGUCGACCCGAACCCCAUCAGCGACAACGACCCCUUUAGCCUGGGCGACAGCGAGGACGAGCGGGAAGCCAAGGAGAAGGCGGCCUCCAGCAAGGACGCCAAGGACGUCAACUCGGAGGACAGCGAGAGGCUGAAGAAGGCCGCCGCCGAGGCCAUGGCGGACAGCCUCGUCGAGUCCAAGGGCGGCGAGUCGGCGGAUGCCGCUUCCAAGAAAAACUGA